AAAGAGUUUCGCACGCGACCGACGAACAGCCAACAAGUCAACAAGUGCCAUCCGAUCGGCGAUCCGGGAAAGAAUUUCCACCAAUUGUAGGGAAAGUGAUCGCUAUCGAGGGAGAAAUUCAGUGGAGAAGAUGUUCGAACGUUGCAGUUUAUUGUUUAUGGUCAUAAUAAUGACAUCGUCUUUUUUGACCCAAGCACAUUUUCCGGAAUACUGUGCAGAAUGCGAGCAGGAGGUGUGGGAACAGGUGCCGUGUAGUGAAGUGCCCACCACAGUGGCACCACCACCACCACCCAGUGGGGAAACCACUGCAAGACCACCAACCACUCUAGUUUACAGCACCACUGAACCGGCGUAUCCAAGCAGUACGAUUGCACCACCACCACCUCCAACGGACAGUCCCAUUCCACCAUCUCCUUACAAAAAAUGCUACUGCGAAUGCAAGUUGGGCUGCAAGGAGUUCUGCCGCAAGGUGGCCACCUCGGAACCCAAGCAGCCCCUCACCCAGAUCUCGUCCAUCGGAGAAUCUGCACCUGGUGGCCAGGUGGAGUUCACCCACGUCCACCAGCGGAAGUACUUCCCCAAAUACGGAGGUGAUGCUGGUUCCUAUGGGGGAUUGGUGGGACCGGUGAAUGGUCCUAAGUCCUACAAACCCUAUCCUUUGGUCUACGAACAGGCAGCUGCUGCUGCUUCACCGGCUUCCGCGGUGGCUUCCUCGCCAGCGGUGGCCAACAUAGCUGCUCCGAAUUACACUCUCGAAGAACUGGCGCAACUUCUGAGCUCCGCUUAUGGCGGCAAGAAGACUUAUCCCGCCAGUGUGCCACCUCCGCCACGUCCUGCCAUCCAACUGCAGCCAGCUCCUGUGGCCACGCCCUCCGUUUACUACUCCCCCGUUCCGGUUUACUCCAAGCAGGUGGUUCCCCUCGUCAGCAAAGUGCCACCCGCACCCAAACUCUCGGCCAACAUUAAGUAUGCCGCUUCAGCGGUUGCAUCUUCAUCUUCGGGACUUUCGGUGGCCAAGAUAAAGACUCCUUAUGAGGAGAAGAUUGUGGUGGCCACACCAUCUCCGAUUGUUGAGGAGGUCAAGGCAUACUCGGCACCCCAGACAGAAGCCUAUCCCGUUGUCCAGAGCCAAACGGAAGCGUAUCCCAGCAUCACUCCCAUUUAUCCGAGUGUCACGGAAUCGUACCCCAAGGAUUCCUAUCCCAGCAUCACGGAAUCGUAUCCCAGCCAAACCGAGUCCUAUCAGCCGAGUCCUGUGCCACAACCUCAGCCAGAGGUGAAGCCAUAUGGUGCUCCCGAAUCGGGUCCUGACAAGCCAUCUUCCACCUUCGAUCUGGCCAUCGAUAACUACCUGAAGGACUUUGGUUACGGCAACCAGGGAAGGGGAUACGCGGACUACUGAGCUCCACGCUCUUUGUUGUUAGGUUUAGGCGUACUUCUAGGCUAGAAAUGUUUUCUAGGUGUCCUCUUAUUUAUUUGUUAACGGUCUCCAUUCCUGUUGACUUAAUGAUGAUUAAAUUAUUUAAAUAUGUUAA